AUGAUAAAGGAUCAUGUAAUUUGUCGGGGUUUCAAUAGAAGCUACACUACAUGGUAUUGGCACGGAGAGCGAUCAACCAGUGACCCAUAUCCGUUAGGGAAGCGGGGGGUAGAUGAUUUCGAGUUUAAUGAUGUUGAUGACUUUCCUAUGGAAUUGCUUGAUGAAGCACAAGAGGAGUUUCUUGAUGAUCCUGAAAAAUUAGACAAUUUGGUUAGUGAUGCAGAAAAACCCUUGUUUGAUGGUUGUAAAAAAUUAAGAUUACCAACAUUGGUAAAAUUUUACAACAUUAAAGCUGAAAAUGGGGUGAGCGAUAAGGGUUUUAGUCAGUUCUUAGCUGCUUUUAAAGAAAUUUUGCCUGUUGAUAAUUACAUGGAUAGUUGCCCAACUUGUGGUUUACCCCGCCACAAAACGAAUAAGAGUGAGGAGAAAAGGAAACUUAUUCCUCAAAAAGUGAUGUGGUACUUGCCUUUGAUUCCUCGUCUCAAACGAUUAUAUCGUAGCUCGGAGCACUCUGCAAACUUGAUAUGGCAUGAUACUAAGAGAGUGAGAGACGGUAAACUUAGGCAUCCUGCAGAUUCGCAAGCAUGGAAAAAAGUAGAUUACUUGAAUCCAGAAUUCAAGUUAGAACCAAGACAUCUUCGUCUUGGUCUAUCUGCAGAUGGAGUAAACCCACAUAGAUCACUGAGUAGUAGGCAUAGUUCGUGGCCUGUCUUCCUUGUUAUGUACAAUCUUCCUCCUUGGUUGGUGAUGAAAAGAAAAUUUAAUAUGCUUUCGCUCAUGAUCUCAGGACCAAACCAACCGGGGCAUAAUAUAGACGUAUACUUGGCACCAUUAAUUGAUGAUCUAAAAGAUUUGUAUGAGAAUGGUGUUGAGACAUAUGAUGGUCUUAAGAAAGAAAUUUUCAAAUUGAAGGCCGUGUUAUUGUGGACUGUUAGUGACUUCCCUGCUUAUAGCAAUUUAUCGGGUCUGAGCACAAAAGGUUACCAAGGUUGUCCAAUUUGCUGCACUAACACACGAGCACGUCGCUUGACGAAUGGACACAAAAUGUGUUAUAUGGGCCAUAGACGGUACUUGCCUCGAGAUCAUCCUGAUAGAAGGAAAAAGAAAGCAUAUGAUGGUACUGAAGAACGAGAUAGUGCUCCUUUGCCAAUGUCAGGGGAACAAAUUCUUGAACAAGUAGAACAUGUAGAUUUCAAGUAUGGAAAGACACAAAAAAGAAAGAAAACAAAUAGUUGUUUUCAACGAAAGUCAAUUUUUUUUCGUCUUCCAUACUGGAAAGAUCUAAUGGUUCGACAUUGCUUAGAUGUUAUGCAUAUAGAAAAAAAUGUGUGUGACAGUAUCAUCGGUACCUUACUUGAUAUUCCCGGCAAAACUAAAGAUGGUUUAUCAAGUCGUUUAGAUCUUGUUGAAAUGGGAAUUAGACAAUCUUUGGCACCUGAACAGAAAGGUAAACGCUUAUAUUUGCCUCCUGCAUGUUACACUUUGUCAAAGAAAGAGAAAGAAAUUGUUUGCAAAUCAUUAUCGAAUAUGAAAGUCCCUGAUGGAUACUCUUCUAACAUUAAAAACUUGGUAAAUACGGAUGAAUUGAAGCUAAUGGGUAUGAAAUCACACGAUUGUCAUGCUUUAAUGCAACAUUUGCUUCCAAUCGCCAUCAGAUCGGUCUUACCCAAAAAGGUUAGAGAGUGUUUGACUCAUGUUUGUAUUUUCUUCAAUCAACUAUGUGGGAAGGAAUUAGAAAUGAGCAAGUUGGAUGCAUUACAUGAGGAUAUUGUCAAGACUUUAUGCAACCUUGAAAGGUAUUUUCCACCAUCAUUCUUUGACAUCAUGGUACAUUUGAUGGUUCAUUUAGUGAGAGAAGCAAAGUUGUGUGGGCCAGUUUGGGCAAGAUGGAUGUAUCCAUUUGAAAGGAAUAUGAAAGUGCUCAAAAGCUAUGUGCGUAACCAUUAUCGACCGGAAGCUAGUAUGGUUGAGUGUUAUAUAUCAGAAGAAGCUGUUGAAUUUUGUUCAGAGUACAUAGCUGGAGUUGACACAAUCGGAAUCACCAAACCAAGAAAUAGUUCUGAUGAGUUUGAUAAAGGAUUGCGAGGGAAAGGAGAAAUGGUUACUGUAUCUAAGGGUAGUGAGCAUAUGGAGUUAUUACAGUCAAUGAUUCCGAGAGGUCACAAAAACAAACAGAAGUGGGUUAUAGAUGAGCAUCGUAAAACAUUUAUUAGGUGGUUAAAGAAUACCAUUCUAGCGAAGUUACGACAACCAAAUCAUGGAGUAUCAGAUGUGUUGAAUCGCAUAGCUCUUGGACCAACUUUUGACGUAUGGAAGCAUCAAGCUUACAUUGUCAAUGGUAAACGGUUUCAUACAAAAUCUAGAGAUGAUGCUCGAAUGGUUCAGAAUAGUGGUGUAUGCAUAGUUGCGGAGUCCUUACAUUUUGCUACUUCAAAGGAUAAUAAUCCAGUUUCAGGUACCAUGACAUAUUAUGGAGUGGUGAAUGAAAUAUGGGAGCUGGAUUAUAUAUUGUUCCGAAUUGCCCUCUUUAAAUGUGAAUGGGUAGAUGUUAAUGUUGGAAUCAGGACCGACGAGCUUGGAUUUACUUUGGUUGAUUUGAAUAAGAAAGGAAGCAAGGAUGAUCCUUUCAUCAUGGCGACCCAAGCAGUACAGGUAUUUUAUAUACCAGAUCCUGCUAAUAGUAAAUGGUCUGUUGUGUUGUCGACACCAGAAAGAAAGUUCGCAGAGAAUGAAGAUGAUGAUGAAAAUGAUGAUUUAAUGCACGAAUGCUUCAUUGUUGGACAACGAGUCCAUGAACAAGUCGAUGAUGUUGAACAUGAUGAUGUCUUGGACGAUAUUGAAUUCAUACGAAAUGAUAUUGAGGAAGGAAUUUGGGUUGACUGUGAUUCGAUCCAAAAGAAACGAAAAAAGAAAAGAAAAUGUGUUUAG